AUGGAGCAGAGCUUAUUUUUGCUUCUAGUUCUGCUGAUCGCAUCUUCCCGAAUUGAAGCCCGAAUUGAUGAUCUCGGGUACAUUCAAAUGUUGGAUCAAAGGAUGGGAAAAGGAGAGGAUGAAGAUGAUGAGGUGCAGUUUUUUCCAUGGUUGCAGAGCGAUGCCAUUGGAAGAACACUGGUGAAUAUUGACAGUCUAGGAGCUGUUGGAGAUGGGAUCACUGACGACACUGAGGCAUUUGUGCAAGCAUGGAAGGUGGCAUGUAACACUUCAAAUGCUGUGCUGCUGGUGCCUGAAAGGAAGACUUACCUGGUCAAAGCGGCGAGGUUUGGAGGGCCUUGCGCUGGUAACUUGAUUGUUCAGAUUUCAGGAGAAAUUGUGGCGCCAGAUGAUCCAAACGACUGGGAUCCUGCUAGCCCAAGAACAUGGCUUUUCUUCUCCGGCCUGAGGGGCGUGAUAUUUCAAGGUGGUGGGCUCAUCAACGGUUCAGGCCACAAUUGGUGGGCAUCAUCUUGCAAGAUCGACAAGACAAAACCAUGCAGGCCAGCUCCCACAGCAUUCACAAUUGACUCGAGUUCUGCAGUGUGGGUAAGGAGCCUGAACCUCAAGGACAGCCAGCAGAUCCAUUUCACUGUAUCCCGUUCGCAAGUAGUCCGUGUGUCCGAACUUAACGUCCAGGCACCACACAACAGCCCCAACACCGACGGCAUACACAUAAGCGACUCCACCAACAUUGUAAUCCAAAACAGCAAGAUCGGAACAGGUGACGACUGCAUUUCCAUUGUCAACGGCACCUCAAACAUCAAGAUGAAAAACAUCAUGUGUGGACCAGGACAUGGGAUCAGCAUCGGAAGCCUUGGUAAAGACAAUUCAACUGCUGCGGUCAUUGGCGUGGUUCUGGACAAUGCAGUUCUUACAGGGACCACGAAUGGUGUCAGAAUAAAAACAUGGCAGGGGGGUUCAGGCUAUCUAAGAGGAGUAAGGUUCCAGAACGUUCGUAUGAACAAUGUCAGCAACCCAAUCAUCAUAGACCAGUUCUACUGCGAUUCACCAACUCCUUGUGCAAACCAGACGUCAGCAGUAAGCGUAACGGAAGUGAUGUACAUAAAUAUCAGUGGAACUUCAGCGACUCCAAAUGCUAUCAAGUUAGCGUGCAGUGACACAGUGCCGUGCAGCAAGAUCGUCUUAGCUAAUAUUAACCUGCGGAGAGAUGAUGGAACAGCAAAGGCCUUCUGCAACAACGCCAUUGGAUUCAAAUAUGGCCUUGUCAUUCCAUCUCUUGAUUGUUUACUGAGCUAUGGCCAUGAUGCUUCAGAGAAGAGGAAGAGAGACCGACAGAUCAUCCAUACAGAGUUAUAAGUCAUUCACCAACAAACACCACAAGAAAGAAGGGACGCAGAAAGUAUGUGCUUUCACUUGCAUCAUAGCGAAUUGGAAAGGAGGCUGCUAGUCUUAAUAGGCUAUUACUAAUAAACAUUCGGGUAGACGUCCCAUGUGCCCAACUGGAGCUGCAUUAUGUAAGGUACAAUAGAUUGGUAGCAUAAACAAGAAUUUGGCUCAAUGUGUAACUAGAUAGAGGAAGAAUUCGUAAGUUCCCUGACAACAUUAAUUAGGAAGAGGAUCACAUGGAAGGUCAUUUUCUGACAUAAGACUUUCAGCACCUGCUGCCCAUAAACUAGGAAAAUUUGUUUUCAUCUCGAACUACUUGUCAUGAUAUAUUAUACUUUAGUACAUUAUACAUUUUCGAAUAAUGCCAGAUUUUCAUAUGUCUACAUUAUAACUGUGGUCUAGUCAACUUCAUGAGAUACUAUAACAAG